AUGGAAAGGGGUAUGUGCCUCGUGGAGCGAGAUGUUGACGGCCUCUCCUGCAAGACGAUGCUUGCUCCACAAGGGUGGGUGCAGCGCGUGCACCACGACGUGAGGGACAAGUGCUCGGUGAAUGUUACACACUUCACGAGCCUUGAUUCAUUAUCUACGUCCCUUUAUGUAACAGAAUACUUUCUUCCACGUCCCACCUCGGUUGAGAGCGGUUCAUCAGCGGGGGUGACACCCGAAGCGUUGGCCGCUUCCUUGGCACAGCUCUUAGAUCCGUCUAAGUUCUCACUCUGCACUGCGUGGGAGGUCCCACAGUCUGCCCCCACUGAAAGCUGCGGCCCACUUGGGAAGUUGCUAUGCAAGUAUGUUCUUUUGGUUAGUGUUGCACUCUCUACAAGAGAGAGGGAUGCUACAUACGCGAGAUGUAGUUUUGAUGCAGUUGUUUAUGACUUGAAGGAACGCUACCUGCAGCUCUCAAGAGGGAGCGAUGUGGUUGGGUUAAGUUCCACUGAGUGGGUUGCUGGAAAUAGCGCUGUCUGUACGAGACGAGGCUGCUGUGUUAUCCAUGUCACCGCGCCUCCAGGAAGAAAUAUUUGUUGGCAUCCACAACUAGGUGGUGAGGCCACCUGCAAACUCGGAGAGGCUGCGAAGGAGCUAGGUCUUGUAUCUGAGAAUUUGAACUUUCUCUUGUAUGAGGACGCCGCUGGCAGUGUGGAAGUGAUGUUUGCCCUCCUACCCCUCACUCCUGGUGUCUGCAUAAUGAAACGCGGUGACUUGCAGCGUGCUUGGUUGCGGCGUACCCGCGGCAGUAGGUGGCGUUCGUUGCGACUUCCAACACCACGUCUUACCACGGGGGUUGUUGAUCCGUGUAAUUCCCUCUAUGACGUGCGACCGCCCGGCUCCUUUUAUUUGCUAGUGAGGGGUGAGGGCGGUACAGCGCGUAGCGUCAUCGCAUGGCUGAUGGAGCCGCGUGUAGGAAGUGACAGCUCUAUCGUUUUGCUGACCACCUUUCACACGGCCAGAGGCGGAGCUGUUUCCGCUACCGCUAGUGUCGUCGCUACUGACGCGGCUAUUACUGUUGAUACUGCUGCCGUUGACCCGGCAACUGCAGCGCAGUGUCUAAAACACUGCAAAUGGUUGCGCUCUACAUUUUGCGCGUCUGUUGGGAUGACUUUUUCGUGGUCUGCGCUAUGCGUGGGAAAAAGUCCCGGAUUAUUGUUCCGCCAGGGGAACCUUGUGAUCCAACUUCCCUCCGAGUCUACGCGGUAUGCGAGCGCCAGCGCUGUAGCGGCCGCUUCUGCGGUCAGCAGAGGCAACGAAAGCGCAGCGUUGGGUUCCAUCACGGUGGAAGCUGUAGACCGUGCGGACGGAACGGAGCGGCGAGCAACGAUUACACUGUUGCGUGAGUUCCGAUGCGCCAUCGACUUUAUGGAUUACGUUGUUACAGAGUUCACGUAUGAAGCCCACGUUGACCGGCGUUCUGCAGUCAUGCGGAGGUGUAAGGCUCCGUUGGCGCUUCUUCCCGGUGGAGGGCAGGGCACGGGUAAAUGCCCGGAGGCAUACAGCUUUUGGAUCCGCCUUGGGGAGAGGGAUGCGAUUCAUUAUGUUGUGCGUGAGUGUGGUAUCGGCCGCCUUCUGCUAGCGCAGGCGUGUGUGACAGACUGCAGUCCCUUCAGUGAUGUGGUGGCGGAGAGGUGGGAGAGCUGGGUGGGUGGUAUUGGCGUCGCUUCCAUUCUUUGA